AUGUUCCGCUAUGUUCCCCCGGUAGAACAGACUCCCUACGCCGACGCCGAGAAGCAGAAGAAGCACAGCAGCAAGAGUGACAACGCCUCCAUCGCCAGCACCUCGACCUUCGCCUCCACCAAGGCUCUGCUCAAGAACAAGUUCAGCAGCAGCCACAAGAGCAGCAGCAAGGACGCUGACAGGAAGCGCGCCGAGGAGCAGGCCAAGAUUCUCAGAUCGAUGAUCCCAUCCGGCGCCCUCCACCCCGACCAAAACUUCGACACCGACGACAUGGCGUCCGCGAAGGAGGGGCCGCAAUCGCGGCGUCACGGCAGCACCCGCUCCCCAGGUGAGAUUGGGGACGGGCGGAGCUUCGACUCCAUUGUCGGCCGUGACAAAAUUCGAUCCGCAGAGAUCCCUGUUGAAAAGGAGGAUGGAAGAGCAGUGCAGCAAGAAGGAUCCAAGAAGAAGAAAGGAGAGAAGCAGCAGAGCAGCAGAAUCACUCUUGGAGAGGCUUUCGGUCUCGGAGGAACUUUCAAUGCUUGUUAA